GGCGUCCCCUUGCGCCUGGGCCCCGCGCUGGCGCCCCCCGGGCCGCCGCCCGGCGCGGGGGCCAUGGCUUUCACCUUCGCCGCGUUCUGCUACAUGCUCACCCUGGUGCUGUGCGCCUCCCUCAUCUUCUUUGUCAUCUGGCACAUUAUAGCCUUUGACGAGCUGCGGACCGACUUCAAGAACCCCAUCGACCAGGGGAACCCAGCGCGGGCACGCGAGCGUUUAAAAAACAUCGAACGCAUCUGCUGCCUCCUGAGGAAGCUGGUGGUCCCAGAAUACUCCAUCCACGGCCUCUUCUGUCUGAUGUUUCUGUGUGCAGCAGAGUGGGUGACCCUGGGCCUCAACAUCCCCCUCCUCUUCUACCACCUCUGGAGGUACUUCCACCGCCCUGCGGAUGGCUCUGAGGUCAUGUAUGACGCGGUCUCCAUCAUGAAUGCCGACAUCCUCAACUACUGCCAGAAGGAGUCCUGGUGCAAACUCGCCUUCUACCUGCUCUCCUUCUUCUAUUACCUGUACAGUAUGGUUUAUACGUUGGUGAGUUUCUAAGGGGGAAGCCGGCCAGGGAGCAAGCCCAGAAUGGACCGGACGCCUGUGCACCCCCAGCCCUUCCCCUGGGCCGCAGAGGCCUCAGCCCUGGGGAGGGAGGGGGCACUGGUGCCCCCAGCCUCCUCUUCACUCCCCAAACUGCUGCUGCGGGGACUUCCCGCCUUCAGAGCCCCCCUCCCUUGGACUAGAGCUGGGCAGAGCUCUCAAUAGGGGCAGGAGCUCCUCUGCCAGCCUGUGGGCAUGGCAGUCAGUCCUGGAAGGGGCGGGUCCUCCAGCCUUGUCCACUUCAGGGGGAACUUAGGCCCUGCCAAGGGGUAGGGCUUGACCCUGUAAGUUCUGGGCCGCUCCCCUCCACCCCCACCCUGAGGCUCCCCCUGCAGGUGGGGGGGUACCCACACCGGGAAUGAGCAGGCUCAGCAGGGGGGCAGCCCCACCCCUAGUCUGCCCUCUCCCCUCCCCCAGGAUCUCUCCAUACCCGUCCCUAUCCCCACUUGCCCCAACCCCAGCCUACCCUGUCUCUCUUGGACCUGUUUUCUAUGUUGCCUGGAGGAGUCCGGCACCCCUUCCCCGGCCAUUUGUGACAAAAUAUGAAUAAACUCCUGCAAACA